UAACCGUGUCUACGCGCACGCCGUGAAAACUGUCAAGCGCCAUAUAAAUUUUCAAUUAACCGCGUCGUUGUUUGUGCUCCUACCGCCAAAGCGAAGAAGACUUAUCUGCCGCCGCCGCCGCCCUGUGUGUCGGCGUGUAAUACGAGUGGAUAAUAGCUGGCGUAUACCUUCGUAGCUAUUACGUUUUCGUGAGAUCGCCGUACGAUUGUUCGUCGUCGUAGGUAAUUUACAAUAUUAUAUUGUGUUGUACUGUCGUCGGGUCGGAAAUCGCAGCGACGCCCGCCAACAUGAGGGGACAUUGGAUUUUCGUCCUUUUGUGCUUGUCGUUUGUCGGAGAACUAGUGUUCGGCAGUUUGUUUCCUCCAAUUCCUCCGAACGGUCAAAAUCCAUCGCAACCAGAAAACGUGUCUCCACAACAAGAAGUCAAUUGGCCAUUAAACAAUUUAGCUACACCUGAAGUGAUCGUCGUCGGAGAAUCCACGCUUAAUACCAGAGGUCUUCACAUGGAACAAACUAGAGACAAGCCGUUGGAAACCAGUUUAAAAGCCGAAGAAAUAUUACCAAAAGCUAUUGUUAUUGGAACUGAACAAAAAGCAGUCGGUGAAAUUGUAACCAGAAAUAAUGCAGAAAUGGAAAAUAAAAAUCUUCGACCAAUAAUAAUUGAUAACAAUUGAUAACAUAAUACUUGAUCCAUAUAAACAUAAUGUACAAUUUUUCAAAAUAAAUAUUUCAUUAU